AUGGGAGUGACAAAAAUUCCUGGCGAGGAGCAUAUCGUGCGCUUCCUUGCCGACUGCCUUCACGUGUCUCCUCUUCCUGCUCCUUGGGCAAUGCAUCGCGAUGGAGAUGGGCGAGUGUUUUAUGGCAACUCAGGGACCGGGGAGACUUCCUGGCAGCACCCACUGGAGGAGAUUGUUCGGGAACUCGCCGGCGUCUGCCGCGUUUGCAUCACUCUCUCGCGACCGAUGCGGGAGCGGUCAAUUGCCGACCUGCGAGAAGCGUGGGAGGCACAAGCAAAGGAAGAGUUUGCCCUCUGGUACAGUGUGAAGGACAGUUCCUCCGGCAAGGAUUACUUCUGCAAUUCGCAGACGGGUCAGACCAUGUGGGAGCAUCCAGCAGAAGUUCUUCUGCCGGGCCACUUCCUGAAGCUUCGUGCUGCUGAUAGGCUAGUAGACGAUGACUAUCUCCAAGACCUCGCAACCAUGGGAAGCACGCUGAAUGCGGGCUCGGGCCAGACGUGGAAUUCCAUGAAACGGACGUUGGAGUCCGGUAUUUCCACUCGGGCAUCUAAUGACGUCAAGGAGGAUGCGCACCAAGCAAUGAAAGAAGAGCUUGCUUCAACGGCGACGGAGUUGAAAGUUGCGCGUGAGGACGCUGCAAAGGUGAGGGCGCAGUUCGAAGCGUUGAAGGAGCGCUUCGAAGAAGCCCAGAGGAAUGCCGAGAAUGAAGAGAGCUGA